GGGACCGCUGCGCGCCGUUAGCUCUGAAAGAAGGAAGUUGGAGUCGGAGCGGCCUGGGCUUUGCGGGCAAGGCCGUGGGCAGCUGCGGCUGCUGCUUGGACCAGCUGAUCCCGGCGCGAUGGGAGACGAGAUGGAUGCCAUGAUUCCCGAGCGGGAAAUGAAGGAUUUUCAGUUUAGAGCACUGAAAAAAGUGAGAAUCUUUGACUCCCCGGAGGAGUUGCCCAAGGAGCGCUCAAAUCUGCUUGCUGUGUCCAACAAGUAUGGCCUGGUCUUCGCUGGAGGAGCCAGUGGGCUGCAAGUUUUUCCUACUAAAAACCUUCUUAUUCAAAAUAAACCUGGAGAUGAUCCCAAUAAGAUAGUUGAUAAAGUUCAAAGUUUGCUAGUUCCUAUGAAAUUCCCGAUACAUCACCUGGCCCUGAGCUGUGAUAACCUCACACUCUCCGUGUGUAUGAUGUCCAGUGAAUAUGGUUCCAUUAUCGCUUUUUUUGAUGUCCGCACAUUCUCAAAUGAGGCUAAACAGCAGAAACGGCCAUUUGCCUAUCACAAGCUUUUGAAAGAUGCAGGAGGCAUGGUGAUCGACAUGAAGUGGAACCCCACUGUCGCCUCCAUGGUGGCAGUUUGUCUGGCUGAUGGCAGCAUUGCUGUCCUGCAGGUGACAGAAACCGUGAAAGUGUGUGCGACGCUUCCUUCCACCGUAGCAGUAACGUCCGUGUGCUGGAGCCCCAAAGGAAAGCAGCUGGCAGUGGGGAAACAGAAUGGAACUGUGGUCCAGUAUCUUCCUACUUUGCAGGAAAAAAAAGUCAUUCCUUGUCCUCAAUUUUAUGAGUCAGAUCAUCCUGUGAGAGUUCUAGAUGUGCUGUGGAUCGGUACGUAUGUCUUCACAAUAGUAUAUGCUGCUGCAGACGGGACCCUGGAAACGUCUCCAGAUGUGGUGAUGGCUCUACUCCCGAAAAAGGAAGAAAAGCACCCCGAGGUAUUCGUGAACUUCAUGGAGCCCUGCUACGGCAGCUGCACGGAGAGGCAGCACCAUUACUUCCUCAGUUACAUUGAAGAAUGGGAUUUAGUGCUGGCAGCAUCUGCAGCCUCAACAGAAGUUAGCAUCCUUGCCCGGCAAAGCGAUCAGAUUAAUUGGGAAUCUUGGCUCCUGGAGGAUUCGAGUCGCGCUGAACUGCCUGUGACAGACAAGAAUGAUGACUCCUUGCCUGUGGGAGUUGCCAUUGAUUAUACUAACCAAGUGGAAAUUGCCAUCAGUGAUGAGAAGACUCUUCCUCCUGCUCCAGUUCUUAUGUUACUUUCAACAGAUGGUGUGCUUUGUCCUUUUUAUAUGAUCAAUCAAAAUCCCGGGGUCAGGUCCCUCAUGAAGACACCAGAACGACUCUCAUUAGAAGGAGAGCGACAACCCAAGUCACCAGGAAGUACUCCCACCACCCCAACCUCUCAAGCCCUGCAGAAACUCGAUGCUUCGGCCGCCGCAGCGCCCGUCUCCGUUCCACCUUCGCUGCCAGCUGCUCCCGCCUCCAUCUUCUCUUUGCCUUCUGUCGUUGGGACCCCCACCGUGUUCUCCUUCGGUUCUGCAUCCUUGAAAUCAUCUGGCUCUGUCCCUGGGGAGCCCCCCCCUUAUUCCGGCGGCUCCGACAUGUCCAAAGCAGCUCUGGGCUCUGGCGCACCCGCCUUCUCGUUUGCUCCUCCCUCGCAAGCCCCCCCAGCGCCCACCCCUGCGGCCUCUCCCAUGGCACCACCAGCUGCCUCGUUUUCCUUUGCCUCAUCGGGUUUUAAACCUGCCUUGGAAAGCACACCGAUGCCAAGUGUGUCCGCUCCAAACAUCGGAAUGAAACCCUCCUUCCCACCCUUAGCCUCCACAGUUAAGGUCAACCUUAGUGAAAAGGGAAACUUACCGCACAUUCCCCAUAGACGAAACAUCCCGGAGAUGGCCACCUGCUCUUCCUUUUUCACUCCGCAGAAGAAGCCAUCACCCCCAAACGAACUACCGGGCAUUUCCUUGGCAACAAGAGGGUUUACUGCCAUGGCUGCCUCUGCUCCUGGUAACAGCCCACAGAGCGUGCCCUCCAUGCUGCCGUUCUCUUCUGCCUCCAAGCCAGCUUCGGGACCGCUCAGCCACCCCACACCCCUCUCCACGCCAUCCAGUUCCAUGUCAUCAAAGUCCGCAGUCUCUCCCUCGGCACCAGCAGGGCGAUCCGCUCAGGGCGGUCUGAGUCCAGUGCCCUCAGCGGGGCAGAAAUCGCCCAGGAUCACCCCUCCAGUGGCAAAGGCGGGCUCUCCCCAGGCAAAAUCACUUCAGCCUCCUGUUCCAGAAAAGCAGGGAUAUCAGUGGAAGGACUCAGAUCCUGUGAUGGUUGGCAUCGCGGAGGAGAUCGCACACUUUCAGAAGGAGCUGGAAGAGCUGAAAGCCCGAACUUCGAAGGCCUGUUUCCAAGUGGGCACCGCCGAGGAGAUGAAGAUGCUGCGGACAGAGUCUGAUGAUUUGCACACGUUUCUUUUGGAGAUUAAAGAGACCACAGAGUCUCUUCAUGGAGAUAUAAGUACCCUGAAAACAACUUUACUUGAGGGCUUUGCUGGUGUUGAAGAAGCCAGAGAACAAAACGAGAGAAACCGUGACUCUGGAUACCUACAUCUGCUCUAUAAGAGACCGCUGGACCCCCGGAGUGAAGCCCAGCUCCAGGAAAUUCGGCGUCUUCAUCAGUACGUGAAAUUCGCUGUCCAAGACGUGAAUGAUGUUCUAGACUUGGAAUGGGACCGGCACCUGGAGCAAAAGCGGAAACAAAAGCGCCUGCUUGUGCCAGAGCGAGAGACGCUGUUUAACACGCUAGCCAACAACCGGGAAAUCAUCAACCAACAGAGGAAGAGGCUGAAUCACCUGGUGGACAGUCUCCAGCAGCUCCGUCUCUAUAACCAAACUUCCCGGUGGAGCCUUCCCUCGGCCGUUCCCACCCAGAGCAGCAGUUACAGCUUCGACAGUGACCUCGAAAGCCUGCGUGAUGCUUUGUUGAAAACCACCAUAGACUCUCACACUAACCCGUUGUCCAGAGUACCAGCUAAACUGUCCCCUGUGAAACAGGCCCAGCUGAGAAACUUCUUGGCUAAGAGGAAGACCCCACCAGUGAGAUCCACUGCUCCAGCCAGCUUGUCUCGGUCAGCCUUCCUGUCUCAGAGAUAUUAUGAAGACUUGGAUGAAGUCAGCUCGACAUCAUCCAUCUCCCAGUCCUUGGAGAGUGAAGACGCACGGGCGCCCUGUAAAGACGAGGAUGCGGUGGUCCAGGUCGCUCGGCACGCCCCUGUGGUCCGCACACCUUCCAUCCAGCCCGGUCUCCUGCCCCAGGCAACGGCUCCUUUUGCUAAAUCCCACCUGCUUCCUGGUCCCCCGGGCGUGAUGGGAACUUCAGUGUCUACAUCUACUAGCAAAACCAUUCCCCAAGGGGCCGAUAGCACAAUGUUCGCAACAAAAACCGUGAAGCACGGUGCACCUGGUCCUUCCCACCCCAUCUCAGCUCCCCAGGCGGCCGCUGCUGCAGCCCUGAGACGACAGAUGGCCAGUCAGGUGCCAGCUGUAAGUACCCUGACGGAAUCCACUUUGAAGACUGUCCCGCAAGUGGUAAAUGUGCAGGAAUUGAAUAAUCCUUCACCAGCCUCUGCAGCCUCUGCAGCCGUUGGGUCUUCGGUGUCACACUCGACAGCCAAACCACCUCCCCCAGUGCUGACCCCGGUGGCUGCUAAUAACCAAGCCAAGCAGGGUUCGGUAAUAAAUUCCCUAAAGCUGCCUGGGCCCACACCAACCUCCAGCCAGUUGUCAUCCAGUGAUAAAGCUGCGGGACCAGGGGCAACCAAGAUAGAAACAGCUGUGACUUCUACCCCAUCUGCUGUUGGGCAGUUCAGCAAGCCUUUCUCAUUUGCUCCAUCAGGGACUGGCUUUAAUUUUGGGAUAAUCGCACCAACACCGUCUUCCAAUUUCACUGCCACACAAGGGGCCACACCCUCUGCUAAAGAGUCAAACCAGCUGGACACAUUCUCCUUCGCGGGGGGAGGCAAACCUCUGUACGAGACCCUUCCUGAAAGCUCCUCUCACUCACGAAUGACACCGUCAAGCUCCAGUGGAGCUGCCACCACUUCUGCAGGCGAGUCAGCUCCAUCAAGCAGCAGGCCUGUGGCACCUUCUGGAAUUGCUGUCUCCACCCCUUCCAGCAAGUUGGAAACUCCGCCGUCCAAGCUGGGCGAGCUGCUAUUUCCAAGCUCUCUGGCUGGCGAGACUCUGGGAAGUUUUUCAGGACUGCGGGUUCAGGCCGAUGAUUCCACAAAGCCAGCCAGUAAGGCUUCGUCCACAAGCCUCGCUAGUGCACAGCCAACCAAGACUUCACUCAUGCCCUCGGGCUUUAAUUUUACUGGCCCACCUGUGCUAGGGAAGCACACGGAGCCCCCCGUCACCCCCUCUGUGACUGCCACCACAAUAGCCCCUCCAGCAGCAGCCGCCAGCACAAGCACCAGCAGCUCCACACCUGGCAUCUUUGGCAGCCUGCCACCCACCAGUGCAGGCCCCCCUGGGGUACUCGGUUUUGGUGGGCUACCUCUAAGUGGUAGCAAGACGAGUUUUACAUUUGGAAGCCAACAGGCUGGCAGUACAGUGCCCCUGUCUGCGCCCCCACCAGCCAGCACCGCCACGUCCCUCCCAGCAUCGUUCCCCACCUUGUCAUUUAGUAGCCUCCUGAGCUCCGCAUCUGCUCCCACCCUGCCUGCGUCCUCUGCUAAAGGCGCAGAGGAGGCGGUAGCGCCAUCUGUGCCCGAGAAGCCAGGCACCAGUGAGGUCUCGGCAUCCACGGCCGCACUUCCCCAGGCUUCUCUGCAGACUCCUGACUCCGUGAAGAAAGAGCCUGCUCCUGCCCAGCCUGCAGGCAGCAGCCCCAGCACCGCCGCUUCUAGUGCCAGUCUCCCGGCACCUUCUACAGAGGCCAUGCCAGCAGCCACCGUGGUCCCUGACAUCAAGACAGAACCGACAUCUCCUUCCACCCCUGCGGUGUCUGGGCUGACUGCUGUCACCGCAGCUGCAACCCCAAGUGCAGUCCCUGUGACCACAGAAGCAUCGAGUGCCCCCACAACCUCCAGUGCUGUCCCCAGUGCCGCCCCAAGCCCCGCUACAGAGACGGCAGUGUUUGGGACUGUCACUUCGGGCUCAUCCGUCUUUACUCAGCCACCUGCUGCCAGUUCUAGCUCAGCUUUCAGCCAGCUUACCAGCAGCACAGCCACUGCCCCCUCGGCCACCCCCACGUUUGGGCAGGUGGCGGCCAGCACCGCACCAAGCCUGUUUGGGCAACAGACAGGUAGCAUAGCUAGCACGGCCACCGCAACGCCCCAGGUCAGCAGCUCAGGGUUCGGCAGUCCUGCUUUUGGCACCUCCUCCACAGGGGUCUUUGGGCAGACGACGUUUGGGCAGGCCCCGGCCUUUGGGCAGUCGACCAGCAGCCCCGCUGCGAGUGGCUUUUCCUUCGGUCAGCCUGGGUUCAGCUCCGGCCCCGCUUUCGGUCAGUCUGGGACCUCUUCCCCAUCUUCCGGCGGAAAUGUCUUUGGUGCCCCUUCGAGCACCAGCAGCCCCAGCUCGUUCUCCUUUGGACAGUCUUCUGCCAGCACGGGCGGGGGGAUGUUCGGCCAGAGCAGUCCCCCUGCUUUUGGCCAGAGCCCCAGCUUUGGGCAGGGAAGUUCUAUGUUCGGUGGCACCUCGGCCGCCACCACGACAGCAUCAUCCUCUGGGUUUAACUUUUGUCAAGCUUCAGGAUUUGGGUCUAGUAAUACUGGUUCUUUGUUUGGUCAAGCAGCCAGUACUGGCGGAACAGUCUUUGGCCAGCAGUCGUCUUCUUCCAGUGGCAGCGUGUUUGGGUCUGGGAAUACUGGAAGAGGGGGAGGCUUCUUCAGCGGCCUUGGCGGGAAACCCAGCCAGGAUGCAGCCAACAAAAACCCCUUCAGCUCGGCCAGCGGGGGCUUCGGAUCUACAACCACCCCAAAUACCUCUAACCUGUUCGGAAACAGUGGGGCCAAGACGUUUGGGGGAUUUGCCAGCUCGUCGUUUGGAGAGCAGAAACCUGCCGGCACUUUCAGUGCCGGAGGCGGGAGCGUGGCGUCCCAAGGCUUUGGGUUCUCCGCUCCAAAUAAAACAGGUGGCUUCGGUGCUGCUCCAGUGUUUGGCAGCCCUCCUACUUUUGGGGGAUCCCCUGGGUUUGGAGGGGUGCCAGCAUUCGGUUCAGCCCCAGCCUUUACAAGCCCUCUGGGCUCGACGGGAGGCAAAGUGUUCGGAGAGGGUACUGCGGCUGCCAGCGCAGGAGGAUUCGGGUUUGGGAGCAGCAGCAGCACCACCUCCUUUGGCACCCUCGCAGGUCAGAACGCGCCGACUUUCGGAUCUCUGUCCCAGCAGACUUCCGGUUUCGGGACGCAGAGCGGAGGGUUCUCUGGCUUUGGAUCGAGCACAGGAGGAUUCAGCUUUGGAUCAUCCAACUCGUCUGUCCAGGGCUUUGGUGGCUGGAGAAGCUGAGUGGGUGUCCGUGUCCCUUUCGGUUCCUGUGACCAACUGCCUUCUCAGCGCCUCUUCACUGAGAAACCCUGAUGCCGCCCUUUAAAGUGGAUGUUCUCGUUGAGACACCCCCAGAAAGAAAUAGCAGAAACCAGAGCUCUAGAGAUGCUUUCUGUUUUAUACUUCGUGUUGGUUGUCCCCUCCCCACCCCCCACCCCUGCUAUUAAACUGUUUGAUUUGUUUCCAUACACAAUGUGCGUGCGUUUUUUCAGCUAAGGAGAGAGGUUUCCUCAUUUCUGUGGCUGAGAGACCUGGGCAGCCUUCCGUUGGCCGGCAGUGUGUGACUUCAGGUGGCCCCAAAAGUGACGAGCAUGGGUAUCAGUGAACGAGGACACAGGGCAGGAGCUUCCCCGUCUUCUCAGGCUCAGGGCUCCCCACAGAGGGACAAGGUCAAGUGCUGGCCAGUCACCUUUUUGAGGCUGUACCUUGGUACCUCCUUUUUGUGACCUUUUUGCUGUUGGAUAUCAGGACGCGCAAAGUGCCAGCUUUUUGAUUGGUUGGAAGGGAGAAACUCGCUUGCUCAGGUGUCAGCAGAGUUCCAGGAGAGGUAGAGAGGUGGUGGCACCUUAGAAUGAAGGUAGCUGUGAGGCAAACCUGGAAACCAGACCAUUGAGUGAUGGGGACGGGUGUGCCGCCCUGGACAGACCCGUGAACUUGUCUUCUCGUUCAGCUCUCAGGCGCUGUGUGUUUUAUAGCUCAGCUCUUCUGCGCUACAGAGGAGGUGGGCAGCUGAUGGAGAAGACAUCCUUUAUCUCCAGUAGGUGACAGUGACAUUGGUCACCAUGCCUGGCCCGCUGUCUGUUAACCUCGGUGCAGAUAACCCUUGGGUAGACCCAGGAGUUGAGACGUUGCAUCUGCCAGCACCACGACGGAGUGUCUGCGAGGACGGCCUGGAGAGCAGGACUUGAGUCUUACGUGCCAGGGAUGCUGUGUUUUGGACCUGGGCGUGCUUUGUUUCUCGGGCCUGUGACGUGACAGUAGCUGACGAGCAAGGGCUGCCUCACGUCCAAAGUAGGUGCAAGAAUUUGUUCCUCUUCCCGGCCCAGACUCUGCCAGUGCUUCGGCCUGGUUUACGAGCAGGGAGGGUCGCAAAGGGACAGUUGUUUAGAGCUUUACAUGUUGGGAAGCUGUCUUUUGAAAUGUUUUAAUAAAAGUUUCCCGGGUGACUUAAUUUGUCACGUUACAGCCAAUGUGGCCAUGCUGGUUCUGUCGGCUUGUCAGGGUCCCCCGUGCCACAGCCUGGUCUGCUGGUCCCCCACUCUGCCAGGACCCCACACUCACAAAGCCCCAGUUUUGCGGGUUCCAAUUCGGUUGGGCUGAAACUGGGCCUGGGCACCUGCAGCGUUGAGCUCAGUGAUUUCUUCCGCUCAUCAGGAGACGAGCCUCGUAGGACAGCACUGCUAGGUGCCGGGAACCCCAAACCAGAAUUAGUGCAUGGGCGUCUCUGGUGACUUAGCUGCUCUCUGGUUUAUGAGACAGGAGUUGGGUGUCUGUCAGACUUCUAUUAAUUAGGGCAUCUGCCUCUUUCCAAGAGAUUGGACUUCGAUGUUUUAACAUGUACCUUUUUUUGAUCCUUGCGGAAUUGAAGAGCCUGUCCUCACCUGUUCUCACAUGAGGCCCCCUCAGCCAUGGGGCACAGACAGUCCCCAAGACACCCACACAGGUAGGCACGAAGUUUGUUCCUCCCAUAUGUGAGCUCCUUAGUUUGUACACGGGGGCCAUCUUGAGACAGAGGAACUCAAAUUUGGAUGGGAAAAGCUCGUGACAGAGGACCUCGCUUCAAAGAGACCACUGUGGCUAGGUAACUUCUGCCUUGGCAUGGCAUCCUGUCGACCAGCACCCAGACUGAGCCAGUCUCCUGCCUGUCUGUUUCCCCCGGAGGCGGUUUUAUAAAUAGAAUCUGGUUUGGCCUAAACCCUUGACCUCAAAUUCUCUGUGUUGCUCCUCCAUGGAGGUGGCAUGUGACAUCUGUCCAUAAGGCCAUAUCAGCUGUGCUCGGCCAGAUAACACCCCCACCACUCACUGCUGAUGCGUGAGCCCCUCUGAGUUCCUUUUUUGGGGUCGAUUACACUGGUAGGUGGUGGGGGUCAUCUCAGCAUGCAUCCCCUGAAACCCAACCUCCCAGGAUGCCGGGUAGGGAAUGCACGGUGGCUCCAGCCUGCCCAGGGAGGAGACAGCCGGGCGUGGGCCUUUCCCGGUAGGGGCGGGCGGAGGGCUGGGUGAGAGUGGG